UUUUAUUGACUAUAUUAUAUAGUCAAUAAAAUAAUUAUACUCUAGUAGAUUUAUGAAUACUAGCAGUUUAUAUAUUCUAUAUACUGCAAGUAAACAUAUAUAUAUAAAAAUGCCUAAUCAUUCUAAUUAGCUUUGGUAGUUCUAAAACACUAGUAAUGUAAAGUUAAAGAUUUAUGACAGUAUCUCCUGACAUAAAUUAUGUCAUAAUUAACACCAGACAUAAAUACAAAAUCUUACACAAUGACCUUUUUAUUAAAUAACCAAAAAGCUUUAUUCAACUUGUUUUGUUCGUAUAUUAUGACAAAAACUGGUUUGGGAAAACUAUUGUUUUCUCAGAAAUUGAUUUACAGUUUUUUAAUCUCUUCCCCCAAAAAUGAAAACUAUUGUUUUCUCAGAAAUUGACUAUUAACUAUUGUUUUCUCAUAAAUUUUCUCAGAAAACUAUUGUUUUCUCAGAAAUUGAUUUACAGUUUUUUAAUCUCUUCCCCAAAAAAAAAAAUUGGAUGGGCAUCUUUCUUUUUUGUCAACACACAAACAAAACAGUUAUUCAUGUUGCUAGUCAAAAUGUAGCUAAUUAUUAUAAUUGUAUUGUAAACAGUAAUUGUUGUAAUUGACUAUAGCUCAUUUUAACUGAUUAAGCUUGAGAGAUUAAAAAUCUGAAUAGCCUAUUGAGAUUUUUAAUCUCACAAGCUUAAUCAUGUAAGCUCAUAUAUACAUAUAUUUAUACUGACAAACAGCAAGAUAUUUUUUAAAAAGUUUUUUAGCUUUUUUAGCACCAAAAAACCGGGAGGUUGUUUAUUUUGUUAAGUAUUUAAGUUAGACAGAUUACACUUCUAAAAUACCAUGUACUUUGUGCAACAAAUUUUCAGUUAAUGAUGGAUCCAUUAUUUGUAGUCAAUGUUUAAGUAGUUCAAGUGAUAUUGAAGACUUGAAUAUGUUUGUUACAACAGGAUUGAAUUUGUUUACAAAGAAAAGUAUUAUGGAAAUAGCAUCUUCUCAAUUGCUAAAAUCUUUUUAUUCUGGUCAAUUAUACAGUUACAGACAUAACUGGUUUAUUGCUGGUGGAGAAGAUAAAAAAAAUCUUUCUAACGGAGAUCUUCUUAGUCUUUUGUCAGAAGAUCAAUCACAUGAUCUUUUUAAUGCUUUUGUUUUAGCUUUUAACAAGUUGAAGGAUAGUGACUAUGUAUUUAAAGUUUUAAUGCCUGAAUCAAUUGUAUUUUUAUUUGCUAACGCUAGUAAUGUGUCAAGAAUAAAGGCUGAAGUAGCUCUGAGUGCUUACAUUUCUGAAAGAGAUAAAAAACGUUUCUGUAGCUCACCAGAAGCAUAUUGUACGACUGCCUCCUGUAUGGAAGCAUUUGCUUUUCCGACUAAAAAUAGGCUGUUUCUGACUUGGUCCGUACACAAAACAAACACCAGCAUUGAUGUAGUUUUGGGCUUGAGGUUGUUCGUGAGCACAAAAUCUUGUAUGUCAUCUAACAAUACCUUCUUUUGAUAGUUAUUUUUUAUUUUGCAAGAAAAAAACUUUUAUUUGAUUCAAAAGUCAAUAAGCAGACAUAGUUUAAAUAACUUUUCAAAGGCUGAAAUCAAAACAUAUGUACACAGAUAAAAAUAAUUUUUCUUUUAUGAUUUGACAUCGCUAAGAUAACAGCAAACCUAAUAUCAAUUCUAAUAGGUUUAGGACUUAAAAAAACUUUUUUUGACGUUUUGACGUCAUAUAUUAUAAAAACAACAAAACCAUACAAAGUUUAAUGUCAUAGAUACCUAGAUAGAAUGUUGCUAACCAAUCAAAAAAACUGAUUUAAAAUAAAAUAGAGCAAAAAAAUGACAAAAAAGGAAUUUUGGAAGAAUUUUUUUAAUCAUGUUAAACAAGAUAGUCAUGUUGUUGGAAAAGAUACAGCAAUUGAGCACAACUUAUACAGUUCUGGAUUGUUAGUUAUGUUGACAAGAAAAAUUCAUUUAUUGACUGCCCAGUAAUUAUUAUUUACCUGCCCAGUAAGUUUUACACUAUGACACAGAUUCUAAGUAUAUGUGGUUGCAUUGAAGGAAGUCACACACCAUCAUUCCUCCAUCAAAAGAUGAAAAUCCUUUGGCUUUGAGGACCAGAUUUGUUUACUUAUUAUGUUUACCCAAAUGGCAUGAUUCUAGGUGUUACCUCAAUCAGCAAUUUGGGAUGCUUUUGAAGUCCCUGGUGAACAAAUUUUUCCUAAAGCAGUUGUCUUAGGUGAUUAAGGCUACCCCUGCAGCAAUUGGCUCAUCACACCUUACAGUAAAAAAUACACAGUUUUUAAGUUGUUGGUUCUAAACUAAGCAUCAGUUCAAUGAUGCGUACCAAAAAACCAGACAAGUUAUAGAGUGAUGUUUUUGUGUUUUGAAAAAGCAGGUUUUACUCUUUGCAUGAACUAAUUUGAUUUUUUGAUUGAAAAAUGCUGCAAAGCAUUGUGUGUGCUUGCAAGAUUCACAACAUGUGCAAUAAAGUAAACUAAACUAAUAGAUCUAAAGUUUGUCAGUCAUUCUUCUUUGGCCAUGAGUAUUUUGAGGAAAAUUGCUAUGGAGCAUAAGCAACCACGAACUAAACUUAUCCAGAAAGUACCAACUUGUUGGAAUUCUGACUUGAGGCAAUUAAAUUACAUUAUUGAUCUAAAAAGGCGCUUGGCUAUUAUGGCAGAAAUGUCAACUAAAUAUGAAGGUCGGAUGCUCACAGUUGUAGAAAUAAUAUUAUCAUUAAAGGUAUUAUUGGAUGUCUUGAUCUAAUUGAGUAAAUUUCACAAGUUUUAAGCUCUGAAAAAGACACAACAAUCAACUUGGUGAUGCUGAAAAUUAAAAAAAAAAAGUUUUAAAUGAAAAUAAUAAUAUUACCAUUAGGUGGUCUGUCACAAGUAGAUAGAUCAGAAGAAAAUGAAAAAAGUUCAAAAAAAAUUUUAAAAUCUUUAUUAAACACCAACUUCGGCGAUGUAGCAUAACUAAAUCUGAAAAUUGUUGUAGAUAUAUCUAAGCCAGUGACCAAUGUUCUAAAUUAAACGUCUUCUUUUUUUAACGAAUAUAUUCGCAACUGCUUAUUUGCUGAGCGAUUAUUUUAUUUGUACAACGAAUAAGCAGGAACAAAUAUUUGUUUGGAAUAUUGGUAAAGCUUUUACAAGGAAUAUUGGUAAAGUUUUUACAUGUUGAACGAUUAUUAUUCAUUCAGUAAUCGUUUAAAGAAUAAAAUGAAAACGAAUGAAUAAUCUUUGAAAAACUUGUUUAUCAAAUAAUCCUCGAGCUCUGUUUUGUAUUAUUAUUCCUUUUUAUUUAUUUAUUGUAUACAUAUUUUUUUCCAUUAUCUUACUUAGGACAAGGCGCUUUAUUAGUGACUUCUAUAAAUCUCUAAAUAGUUUAUAAGAAAAAUUACUUUAAACCAACAAAAGAUUUAAAUUAAACAUACAUAUAAAACUAAAUAAAAAUAAAACAUCAAAACAGUUAGCGAACCAGCCAGAUUACCAGAUUAUUAGCGAACCAAAGAUAAACACUAUUAAGACUUACUGAAAAAAAAGUAAUCUGAUUUAUGAAAGCAUGUUAGAAAUUUGUUGAUCAAAAACUCAAAGACACUGAAAUAUUAGAAUGAAUAUGAAAACUUUAAUACUACCUUUUGAAAAACUGGGAGAAAAUCCUGGUAAAUCUGAAGUAUCUAAAUAAAAAAUUGCAGCCAU